AUGCAGCAGCCCGUGCAGAUAAGCCGGCGCCACAAAUUUGCCGCUCCACAGCCCGUGUGCAUUAAAUUUACAGCUUCGUUUUUGCACCAAAAAGCUAUGUUUUUUGCGUGCGCGUUUUAUUUGACGCGUCUGUUGGAGAUGCUCUUCUUGGCAACUUUCAGAGAUGAAAAAGAUGAACACUUUCCGGGGUCCCACUGGAACAGGUGCAGAAAGGAGAGAAGUUCAUCUUCUCGGGCCUUUCCAGCCCAUUUGCUGAUUUAUCUACAAGCAAAUGAGGCCCAGGCGCUCAGGCCUUUCGGGAAUACGUACCGGAGCAAUACGCCACGGCGUCGCUCGCCCGGCAAAGGCUUUGCCGUCUGUUUGCCGACGGUCUCCCGCCACCGCGCACUCGGCAAACCCCCGGCUGCAAUCUGCAAUGCCCCCCCCCAGCCCCCCCUACAUAGCCCGGCUUACCCCUCCGUUUGCGCCUCCAUCCUCCGCGCCCUCUUCCACUCGCGCCGCCGCUCGUCCCCGCGUCCGAGCCUGCUGUUUAGGAAGGUCGCGCUCGCAUCGCACGUUCGAAGAAGAAACCGACCGGCACUCAGGGAGAGAGAGGGAGGCCCGGCGACGAUGGCGGAAGACCGCAGCUGGAUGUACACGGGCCGCCAGAGCAGGAAGAAGUUCACCCCCGAGUGGUUGGAGAAGACGACCGAGUUCGUGGAGCGCGCCUUCCGCAUCCUCCCGCCGAGGUGCCAGGCCGUCGUGCUGUGCCCCUGCGCUCGCUGCGAGUUCAGGCUGUACAGAUCGAAGGACGAGAUUCAGCUGCAUCUGUUCAAGAACGGGUUCGCGCCAGGGUACACGGUGUGGGUGUACCACGGCGAGCGACGCAACCCCCAGCCUGCUAAGCCGUCCGACGACCGCCCCAAAGAGAAUGGCGAUCUCAACGGGAAGAAGGAUGGCGCCGGCGGCGGCGAGCAAGCGUCGAAAUCAGCGCAGGGGACCAAGAAGUGGGCGUGUGCAAGAGGAAAGCCACCAAAGAAGGAUCAACUGUGGGCGCGGGCUGCCGCGCAGGGAGAGGGAGGCCCCGCGACGAUGGCGGAAGACCGCAGCUGGAUGUACACGGCCGCCAGAGCAGGGACUCGAUCACCCCCGAGUGGGUGGAGAAGACGACCGACAUUGUGUACUUGCCAUUGCAUUUGCAGGGGACUAAGGAGCUACCAGAAAUACCUGUGGGAGCAAGAGAAAACCAAGCAGCACCAGCAACAGAGUGCACCAAAGGCAAAGAGGCUGCGCACCUCUGGUUCGUCCGCUGCCAAGCCUGCUGAAGAGGAAGGGCGCAAUGUCAGCGUCCCGGAGCCUGAACUUGAAGAUACAGCAACGUCAACAGCUAAUCCGGCAACGGCAGACAACGCGUCUGGAGUUCAAAUCCCAGCUGGACGGAAUUCCGUGUAACGACUACCUCCUUUAGCUCCUCAUGUACUUGGCGGUUAAGAAAUGGGCGGCUUAAUCAGCUAGUUAAUCUUCUUCUAGAUCUCUCCUGCCGGCGUAGUUUUGGGCCUACUGGUCGUCGUCGGCAUGCCUCGGCUGUAAGCGUGGUGUACUGCACUUU